ACAUGACUAAAUCAUCGUGUAACGCGUAUAAAAAACAGAAAGACCUGUCAAAUAAUCACAUAAAUAGAGUGGCCACAAUCUGUGGUGUUUUUAUCCAGCUGUGCUGCUUUCGUCACAGUGACGUGGCGCCGCGGACGCUCGGGCUGCAUUGCGCUCGCGCUGAGCAUUUAGGGAAGCUACGGGAGCGCCGGAGUCUUGUAAACACCUUGCAGGACACCAACACGCACUCAGUACACAGAGGAUGCGACUGUCCAUACUGACCCUUUUUAAAAUCGUGCACGACGGAGUCGACAAAAUGUGGCGCGCGCAUUAAGCGGAGAAUACGCUUUUGGGUUUAAUUCUUGUGCGAUCUUUACCUGGACGCGUUUCAACCAAUGAUCAUGAAUGACAUAAAAGUUGCAGUUAUGGGAUCUGAGGGUGUUGGGAAAUCAGCACUUAUUGUUCGGUUUCUAACUAGACGAUUUAUUGGAGAGUAUGCGUCCUCAACAGAGUGCAUUUACAGAAAGCGCAUGUCUAUUGAUGGACGACAGUUGAACCUUGAACUGUAUGAUCCUUGUUCUCAGCCGUGUGAAGGGAAGUCCACUCUCAAUGAGCAGAUCCACUGGGCCGACGGCUUCGUGGUGGUUUAUGACAUCAGCGAUCGCUCCUCCUUCCUCACGGCCACUGCCAUAGUGCACCUCAUCCGAGAGACUCAUCUAGGAGUGGCUAAAAGGGACAGGGACACAGACUCUGUGAUUUUCCUGGUGGGCAAUAAGCAAGACUUGUGCCACGUGCGGGAGGUGGACAGGGAGGAAGGCCAGAGGCUGGCAUCCGAGUGCCGCUGCCAGUUUUACGAGCUGUCCGCCGCAGAGCAUUACCAGGAGGUGGUGCUCAUGUUUUCCAAAAUUGUGCGAAAUGCCAGUCUGGGAGGAAAAGCCAAGGACCGCCGGCGCCGCCCUAGCGGCUCUAAAUCCAUGGCCAAGCUCAUCAACAACGUCUUCGGCAAACGACGGAAAUCGGUUUAAGAACUUGAAGACAAAAUGGACAAUGGUUACAUAGACAUGAGAUGUGGCAUGUAAACCUGUCUCAGGAUAAGUCACAUUACACCCCAAAAUCUAAAUCAAUGCAUUAAAAGUACAUUAUUUUUAUUUGUGAAAUUAUGUUUAUGAUAAUUGAGAACACAGCCCCCACAAAUUUUCAGUGUAGUAAAAAGAAAUAAUUUUUUAAAAGUAUUAAUUGUUAUUACUUUGGUGCAUGAGUCCAUGAGUAUUUACAUCAUGGUAGUAUUUUUUCUAUCGCCUUUACUUCUGAUUUUACUUUUUAAUUAUAAAGAAUACUGUAUUACAUGAAUGAGAAUCUAAUGAGGGAUUCCUAUUAUUGAGAAUUACAAAAAUAGGAUUAUUUGGGAAAAAUGCGCUGACUGUCUUAAAGGAAUAGUUCACCUUCAAAAUGAAAAUUCUGUCAUUGUUUGCACGCCCUCUUGUCUUUUCAAACCUGUGUGACUUUCUUGCUUCUGCAGAAAACAAAAGAAGAUAUUUUGAAAAAUGUUUGUAACAGAAAACCGUUGGGUUUGUGUAUUAUUCUUUUUAUAAUAAUGCCACAAUUUUGUAUCGUUUUGGGGUGAAAUGAACUUAUUUCCUCAUUGCUUAUUUUUUGCUGUUAUCUUGUCUAGUCAUCGCAGUGAUUUGUACUGUGUAAACAUUUCCUGUACACCGUCUACUCUUUGCCUUAAAAGGGUCUUUGAUCACUUUUUGAAUGUUUUUUUCAAAAAUCCUACAAAAAGCAGAGGACACUGACAUUUUAGCUUGCGAGGCUUAAAAGCCAAAGUCAGCUCUGAAUUUGCCAUGUAAUAAUUAUGGAGAAAGUGUUUCUUGUGCUUGUAAGUACCUGUUUACUCACUGUUUUAUGAAAUGAAAUAUCUUGCUUCACGUAUUGUAUGAUGCAAGUAUUGACAUACUAUGGUGUUAUUAUGGGAUUUUAAAUCUCCAGUCAGACAACUUUUAAUUCAUGUAAAAAAAUGUGCAUUGAAAUAACUAUUGAUUAAGUAAAAUUGACUGAAUACUUUUAACUGGUACGCUACAGAAAUGACAUUUUCUUCAAGGCAGAAAGCUAGACUUAUUUUUGAGUAAUAAAACCAAAACUGUAAUUCAAAUGGAUUUAUUUGUUUUUCAUUUGUAUGC